AUGGGUCGCGAAACGCUGCAAAAUGCAGCGGAAGCUUUCUUCGAAGAAGCUCGCUGCUUACACUCAAAGCCUAACGACGCUGCGAAGCGCAAGCAUUCAUUGCAUUCCAAGCGCUUUCCGACAGACACCGUAUUUCAUAAUAGUAGCGUCUGCUAUCCAAUGACCAGUGUCGAUACGAGCGGGCAAGCGAUGGCGCUGCCAAUUUGUCAAUGA